CCCGCCUCCCGCCCCAGCAGCUCGGCCCUCCCCGUCUAACCUGUCCUGACCUCGGCGUAGGUAUAAAUAGCCCGCACGCCGCAGCUUCCAGUCAUCCUCAACAGAUCCCCAGACCCUCAACAACAUGAAGUUUGUACUCCUCGCCUGCCUGCUGGCCGUGGCCGCCGCCCGCCCUGACAAGGACGCCACCAUCACCCUCGACGAGCGCAGCGACAGCGGCGACGGCAACUUCUACUACAACGUCCAGACGAGCAACGGCAUCGAGUUGUCCAAGACCGGCACCCCCGGGUCAGAGGGCCAGAGCAACAUGGACGGCAGCUUCAGGUUCCCCCUUGAGGACGGCACCUACGCUGAGUUCCGCUACGUGGCUGACGAGAACGGCUACAGGCCCGAGUCCUCCCUGCUCCCCGUCGCCCCCCCGAUCCCCGAGCACGUGCACGAGCUCCUCCGCAUCGCCGCGGAGCAGCGCGCCCAGGGCAUCACCUUCACCAGGAAGUAAACGCCUCCACUGACCACUACUUGUCCUCGUUCCUCCGAACCGUUAAGGUGUAGCCUCAGGGGACUCCAUCGCCGCGCUGUCCCACUCUCACGGAUGUAGACACUGAUGCAUGCACGUCGGCGUGUUUAUUUUGUUCUAUAUCCGGCUCUUCUUGGAGCGUCUAUUUUUCUUUUGUCCAGUCUUGUUGUAUGGUGUCACCCCGAUUCCCGCCAUCAAAAUUGAUGCACUACGAAUAAAGAAAACUAUGAUAUAA